GAGGAUAGUCACCAUGGAAAUUGGCCUGUUUCUAUUCGUUUUGGUUUGCACUGCUUCUGCAGUUCCUAUUGAGCAGGAUACUAUGAACGAAUUCACUGUUGGAAACCGUAGGUUCUCUGCAGGACUCUAUAAGGAAGUCAUGAAAGAAAAGAGUGGUAACAUGGUGAUGAGUCCCUUCUCUGUUCAAACUGUCAUGGCCAUGACCCAUGAAGGAGCCAGAGGAGAAACAGCCGAAGAAAUGGUCACCGGUCUUUCACUACCAUCGACCAACGAAAACAUUCGACAAGCUUUUAAAGCAUAUUUGCCUGUACUCACAUCCACACAUGAGGAUUUGAAAAUGUCGACUGCGAACAAGGUUUAUGUUGGAAAGGAAGUUAAACUCGAAGAUGAUUUCAGACAAGUUGCAGAGAAUGUUUAUGGAUCAGGUGUGGAAAACGUGGAUUUUGCGGAAAACGUAGAGGCAGCCGGAAAAAUGAACAGAUGGGUGGAGGAACGUACUGAAAGGAAGAUCAAAAAUCUCAUGGAUCCAUCAAUUAUCAGCAGUGACACUAAAAUGGUGUUGGUAAAUACACUAUAUCUCAAAGCCAAAUGGGAAACCCCAUUUAGAGUGGCGAGAACCGAGAAAAAGACAUUCCACAAAUCGAAAGAUGAAACUGUUCAAGUCGAUAUGAUGCAACUUGCUGAAUUCAUGAAGCACUAUUACGAUGAUGCUCUGAAGGCCCAGUUUUUGGAAAUGUCUUACGUUGGAGGAAACACAAGCAUGGUUAUCAUCCUCCCAGAUGAAAAAGACGGUUUGGUUAGACUAGAGCAAAAUAUGAAGGAUAUGAUGGCUCCAAAGCCAUUCCAACUAGCCAUGGUGGAAGUUCAAAUGCCGAAAUUCAGAAUUGAAAGUACCAUUGAAAUGAUUCCAAUGCUCCAAAAAAUGGGAAUUAAAAAAAUAUUCGAUGAAACAGAGGCUGACUUGUCUGGUUUGUCAUCGACGGACAAAAAGCUAGUUAUUUCUGAUGUUGUUCAAAAAGUUUUCAUCGAUGUGGAUGAGGCUGGAACUGAAGCUGCAGCUGCAACAGCAGCAAUUGCAAAUACGUACUCCAUGCCUCCACCCCCUACUGAGCACUUCAUCGCAGAUCAUCCCUUCGCGUUCUACAUUCAAUCCAAUGGGGUGAUACUCUUCUCUGGUCGGUUCAUGGAGUGAUAUGCUUAUUUGAAAGUGUUGUGAAGUAGUUACCUACUAAAUUUGUUGGAAUAAAUUCAAAUGUAAUUUUA